AGGGUCUGGCGUGCUCCGUGAGCCAGUAAGUGGGUGGGCCGCCAGCAGCCGACGCCGGGCUUUCGCCGAAGCCUGGCCUGACUGGUUCCUCCCGGCGGCGACUUCCUGGUGUGGUUGCUUCCACCACGAGCCCACCAGCCUGCCCAGGAAACGGCCCAGGAGCUCACUGAGGACCCAGCCCAGCAGAAAGAUGCCUCCCUCGCUCCCCACUGAAUGUUGAGCCACCUGGAUGACAGCGCCUCCGGGUGCCUUCCCUGUCCAGCUCCGGCAGCCCUCAGUCAGCGGCCUCUCGCAGGUCACCAGCAGCCUGUACAUCAGUAGUGGUGCAGCUGCCAACAACAAGCUCCUGCUGUCCCACCACCAGAUCACCACAGUCAUCAACAUCUCGGCGGAGGUGGUGAACACCCGCUAUGAGGGCAUCCAGUACACGCAGGUGCCUGUGGCCGACUCCCCCAUCUCACGCCUCUGCGACCUCUUUGACCCCAUCGCCGACCACAUCCACACCGUGGAAUUGAAGCAGGGCCGUACGCUGCUGCACUGUGCCGCUGGCAUCAGCCGCUCAGCCACCUUAUGCCUUGCCUACCUCAUGAAGUACCAUGCCAUGUCGCUGCUGGAUGCCCACGUGUGGGCCAAGUCAUGCCGACCCAUCAUCCGGCCCAACAGUGGCUUCUGGGAGCAGCUCAUCCACUACGAGUUCCAGCUGUUCGGCAAGAACACUGUGCACAUGGUCAGCUCCCCUCUGGGUAUGAUCCCUGACAUCUACGAGAAGGAGGUGCAGCUGAUGAUCCCACUGUGAGCCAGCCCCGGGGCAGAGGUACCGACCUGCUGUGGACCGGAGCUUGAACCUUCCACUUGGGUUGGUUCAGAAAAACCAGACAGUGCCUUUUCUAAGGGCAAGGAAAGGAGAAAAGUUGUUGCAGUUUUGAACCUCACAUCCAUUAUCCUGCAAGAUUAAAUUCAAUAAAUAAUAGAUGAUAAA